UAUCCCUUGUAUUGUAUUGUACUGUAUUGUAUUCGACCAUUUUGUAUCUGGAAUUUCAUUCCUUGUGAGCCCCCUUCCCGAUCGUGCUCCAAUUUCAAUCUGGCGGCGUACAGCCCCAAGCGAGCCACGGCGGAGCUCCGCCACUCAAGCUCUACAGGCAGCCGCUCUGUUUCCUCCCCCGCUGCCUCCGCCGUCGCCCCUUCUCCAUUGUCAUCCUCCGACUACCACGCUUCCACCGACGACGACGACACCUAUGACAAUGGCCGCGAUCGCUAUUCUCGGGAUCGCUCCUUCCGCUCUUAUUUCCAGCCUUUUCUCCCACAUUCUAUUUUCCCCAGCGACGAUCUAAACAGGACACACACUCAUAGAUCUAAGAUCUCAAUUCUCAUACUCGUUGCCGUAGCCAUUGCUGUCGUCAUUUCCGUUACUUCUUUGGUCAGCCAAUUGAAUUCUCCAUACUUGUGCAGAAAAGAAGGCAUAACACUUCAUUGUCCCUAUGUAAAAGAGCCUCCAUCGCUAUGGGAAAAUCCUUAUUCAGCUACUACAUCUUGGAAACCUUGUGCCGAGCGGCCUGAAGGCAUAUCAUCAGAUCUUCCUGCUGAAAAUGAAACAAAUGGCUAUGUAUUCAUACAUGCUGAGGGGGGUCUUAACCAGCAAAGAAUUGCUAUAUGCAAUGCUGUUGCCGUGGCAAAGAUCAUGAAUGCUACUCUUAUUUUACCUGUGCUGAAGCAAGACCAGAUAUGGAAAGAUCAAACGAAAUUUGAAGACAUAUUUGAUGUCGAUCAUUUUAUCGACUACUUGAAAUAUGAUGUGCGAAUUGUGCGAGAUAUCCCAGAUUGGUUUACAGACAAAACAGAGUUAUUCACUAGUAUAAGGCGAACUGUCAAAAACAUUCCAAAGUAUGCUCCAGCGCAGUUCUACAUUGACAAUGUUUUGCCUCGUAUCAAGGAAAAGAAAAUAAUGUCCUUGAAGCCAUUUGUUGAUAGGCUGGGGUAUGAUAAUGUCCCUCCAGAAAUCAACAGGCUAAGGUGUAGAGUGAACUAUCAUGCCUUGAAGUUUCUUCCUGAAAUUGAGAAUAUGGCAGAUUUACUCUUAUCUAGGAUGAGAAACCGAACUGUUAGUCCAAAUCCUUUCAUGGCUCUUCAUCUAAGGUUUGAGAAAGGUAUGGUGGGACUUUCUUUCUGUGAUUUUGUUGGAACUAGGAUGGAGAAAGCACUUAUGGCUAUGUACAGACUCAAAGAGUGGCCCCGACGUUUCAAGGAUGGUUCCCAUCUUUGGGCCCUUGCUCUUCAGAAGCGGAAGGAAGGACGCUGCCCGCUCGAGCCUGGUGAGGUAGCAGUCAUGCUCCGGGCAAUGGGCUAUACCAAAGAAACACAGAUAUAUGUGGCUUCUGGGCAGGUCUAUGGCGGACAGAAUCGCAUGGCACCGCUUAGGAACAUGUUCCCCAAUCUUGUGACUAAGGAGGAAUUAGCCACUAAGUCCGAAUUGGAUGAAUUCAAAAAGCAUGUGACAAGCUUAGCAGCUCUCGACUUCCUGGUCUGCUUGAAGUCUGAUGUCUUUGUUAUGACACACGGGGGGAACUUUGCAAAGCUGAUAAUUGGAAAUCGUCGCUACUUGGGGCACCGGCAGAAGUCCAUAAAGCCAGACAAGGGUCUGAUGUCGAAGUCUUUGGGUGAUCCCUACAUGGGUUGGGCCACAUUUGUAGAAGACGUGAUUGUGACCCACCAAACCCGAACUGGAUUGCCAGAAGAAACAUUCCCAAACUAUGACAUAUGGGAAAACCCCUUGACACCAUGCAUGUGUCGGGCUUGAUAAUAGGAAGUUGCGAGCAUUGGAUUUGGAAGAAUAUUGGAAGCAGUAUAUAUGGGUUCCCGGGUGAACGAUGAAAUUUUUGAAAUCGAAUUUGUUGGGGAGGGGAAACUGGAAAGAUGUGUGCCUGAGGAGAAAUCAUUGGAUGAGAAGUGUGUGAAAUGCAUAUGGUCUCGAUGGAUUUGUGUUCUUGUGCUCUUGCAACUGUGCGUGGCCACAAAAAUCGGUGUGCCUGAAGCUUGGCUAGGAAGAAGGGUGGCGAAAAUGAUGAUUUACAUGUCUUGUUUCGGCUUUGCUUUGCUUGAAAUUGAAAAUGAUGAUUCUUUC